AUGCAAAUACUUCACGAAAUUCUACUUGAGAAAAUGCAAAUUUACGGUAUUAAGGAUAAGGCACAUUUGUUGUUGAGAUCAUAUCUUACUAAUCGCACCCAAAAAUGCCAAGUAAAUGGUGUUGUCUCGUCUGAACACAAAGUUAAGUGUGGUGUUCCUCAAAGCUCCAUUUUAGGUCCUUUAUUUUUCCUAAUAUACAUAAAUGAUUUAUCUGAAUGCCUAAAUAGGACAAAGCCAAGACUUUUUGCAGAAGACACAAACCUCACUGCUUCCGGUGGUACAAUUAAUGAUGUUGAAAAUGCAGCGAACUCUGAUUUGGAAAACCUGAGAAUGUGGUUAAGCGCGAACAAACUGAGCCUAAACAUUGCCAAAACUGAAUUUAUGCUAAUUGGAUCAAGAUCUCUAGUGCAUACUGUUUCAGAUUCAAAUUCAGUUAAACAUAAUGAUUGA